AUGGCUCUCAACCUCACCACGUCGGCUCGAGCCCUGCGCUCCUUCAAGCCCUACACCCGCGCUGCUCUCCUCGCCAACGCCGCGCGAUGCUACUCUACCGCUGAGCCCGAUCUCAAGACGACCCUCAAGGAGGUCAUUCCCGCCAAGCGCGAGCUGCUCAAGAAGGUCAAGGCCCAUGGCAACAAGGUCAUUGGUGAGGUCAAGGUCGAAAACACCCUCGGCGGCAUGCGUGGCCUCAAGGCCAUGGUCUGGGAGGGAUCCGUCCUCGAUGCCAACGAGGGCAUUCGCUUCCACGGCCGCACCAUCAAGGACUGCCAAAAGGAGCUCCCCAAGGGCAAGACGGGAACCGAGAUGCUCCCCGAGUCCAUGUUCUGGCUGCUCCUGACCGGCCAGGUCCCCUCGGUCAACCAGGUCCGCGAGUUCUCCCGCGAGCUCGCCUCCAAGGCCCAGAUCCCCGCCUUCGUCAACAAGAUGCUCGACGAGUUCCCCAAGGAUCUGCACCCCAUGACCCAGUUUGCCAUUGCCGUCUCGGCCCUCAACUACGAGUCCAAGUUCGCCAAGGCCUACGAGCAGGGCCUCAACAAGGCUGACUACUGGGAGCCUACCUUUGACGACUGCAUUUCCCUGCUCGCCAAGCUGCCCACCAUUGCCGCCAAGAUCUACCAGAACGCCUACAGGGGCGGCGGUGCUCUCCCUGCCGAGGUUGACCUUGAGCAGGAUUGGUCUUACAACUUUGCUGCCAUGCUCGGCAAGGGCGGCAAGGAGAACGAGGACUUCCAGGAUCUCCUCCGACUCUACCUUGCUCUCCACGGUGACCACGAGGGUGGCAAUGUGUCUGCUCACGCCACUCACCUGGUCGGCAGUGCUCUCAGCGACCCCUUCCUUUCUUACAGUGCUGGUCUCCAGGGUCUGGCCGGUCCUCUUCACGGUCUUGCCGCCCAGGAGGUUCUUCGCUGGAUUCUCCAGAUGAAGGAGGCCAUCCCUGCCAAUUACACUGAGCAGGAUGUCCACGACUACCUCUGGUCUACCCUCAACUCGGGCCGUGUCGUCCCUGGUUACGGCCACGCCGUUCUGCGUAAGCCCGAUCCUCGAUUCGAGGCUCUCAUGGACUACGCCGCUUCUCGCCCCACGAUUGCCAAAGACCCCGUCUUCCAGCUGGUUGAGAAGAACAGCCGCAUCGCCCCCGAUGUCCUCAAGAAGCACGGCAAGACCAAGAACCCUUACCCCAACGUCGACAGCAGCUCCGGCGUCCUGUUCCACCACUACGGCUUCCACGAGACCCUGUACUACACCGCCACCUUUGGUGUCUCGCGUGGUCUGGGUCCCCUCGCCCAGCUCAUCUGGGACCGCGCCCUGGGUCUCCCCAUUGAGCGCCCCAAGAGCAUCAACCUCGAGGGUCUCCUGAAGCAGGCCGAGAGCAGCUAA